AUGGUAUUCCGCCCAGCAACUCCAGGCUUUGCCGUCACGCUCGCCGCCACGAUCUGUCUCGCGCUCGCAUCCUUUUCAGUCCCACUCCUCAAGUCUUUCUACUUUCUGAGUGCAACAAUCAACCACGAGGGCGUUCAGGGAACUGCAACCUUUGGUGUCCUUGGAUACUGUUUGCAGACGGGCUCUUCAACUGCGUGCUCAAAUGCUACCGUAGGAUGGGAAUUCGAUCCAAACGCUCUUCUAGGACUCAAUCUUCCGUUGAACAUCGAGAUUCCAAACGUCGUAGUCAAGUGGCUCACCUAUGUCCUCGUCCUCCACAUCGUCGGGCUCGGUUUGGCCGCAGUAUCCGCCCUAUUUGGACUCUUGGCACAUAUCCGUGAAAUGGCCAUGACAUGCUUCUCCUCUUGCAUCGCCGGUCUCGCAGCCUCUGUGACACUCCUUGCCUUCAUCUUCGACCUCAUCUUCUUUUUCAUCAUUCGUGCCCGUAUACGUGCAGUUGGUGGUGCUGCAAACAUUGGCAAUGCUUUGUGGCUCACCCUUGCCGCUUGGGUCAUGCUCUUCCUCGCCGGCUUUUUCUUUGGUAUCGGGCGAUGCUGCUUCGCCAGUCGACCCCGUGGGCCAAAGGGUCAGUCCAAGAAGUGGUACAAUGGCGGCGGUUUUGGUCAAAGUGGACCAAUGGAGACAGGAGGUAUUUCGCACAGCGAGGCCAUGCGUCUCGAGGCGAUCAAAGCAGAAAACGAUCGCAAAGCCCGUCAGGCAGAAGUUGGUCUUCCAGCUUUCCCGACCAAUGCAGAAGCGCGACCUUUGAAGCAAAAAUCGGGCGAUGCGCAGUACUACGUCGAGGAAGACUCAGAGGACGAAGGAGCCGUCAGUGCACCGCACAAGCCUCCCUAUCAGCCAGUUGGAAUGUCUUCAGGAAGCCCUCAGCGAAGAGGCAGCGUUAGCACCACGUAUACGAGCAAUCAUGCUGGACGUGGUGUCCAGCAAGUUCAACCGCAGUAUGGUGGUGGCUAUAUGCAAGGUCCCCCAGGUACAAGAAGCAUCGAUGCGUACAACAACAAUGCCUCGCAGGCUCCUGCGUUCCCAAGUGGACCGAAUCAACCGUAUAGGCAAGGUAGCCAACACUCUGCCAUGGGAUAUACCGGCGGAUACAAUCCGCAUGCCUCGUCCUCGUCACCGCCACCUAUGCCAGUCGCCCAAGUGUCUCAGCAAUAUUUGACACCUGGAGGAGCAGCCGUUGGCGAAGUAUAUGGCCACGGUGCGCGCCAGACAUCUUAUCACUCUGCCGUCAGCCACCAGACUGGCCAACCAUCGAGUUUUUCUCAGUACGACCAGAAUCAGGGAUACGACGCCGGAUAUACCCAACAAAAUCAAGGAUACGGUAACGCAUACCAACAACCGUCCCAGGCAUACUCGGAACCCUACGCGCGUACACAAUCUCCACCUCAACAACAACAAGGUGGAUAUCAUGAUCCGUACAGCCAACCGCAGACGAAUCCAUUUUACCCACCGCAACCAUCCCAACACUCUCCGAUCGGACAUGUCGCCCCGCCGUGGAACCAGCCGGGGAACACACUCGUGAACAGUGGUGAUGUGCCACUUGGAAUGAACGUCCCACCGACGACGCCGACACCCGCGAUCCCAACACCUGCGCCGAUGCCUUUGAAUACCUAUGGCGGCGGCCCGGUGAGGCAAGCGAGUAGUGGAAGUGGGAUGGGGAUGAGCGGGAUGCCUGGUGCAUUACCCUCUGGGGCAGCCCCGCCCGUACCGCCGAAACAAGGUGGCGGUAUGAUCCCGAGUGAUGCUCCUCCUGGAUACGAUGCUGGCGCGCAGCAGUAUCCAUAUGAGAAGCGAUGA